AGUAAAUAUACGAGCUGCAAACAAGAGCUUAGUGAGAAACACAUUUUGUGCAGCGUGAUACUGGAGUCCACCUCGAGGGGCGCCAGCGCCGCUGGAUGAGACACAAAACCUCCGGAUGUACAACGUGCCAGGGUGACGCCCCUCUCCAAGCGUUGUCCCUCAUGGGCGGCUGGUCUAGCAGUGCCGUGCUGGAGCUGUACCGGGCGCUGCUCCGUGCAGGGCGUCACCUUCAGUACACCGACCGCAACUUCUAUCGCCGGGCAGUUGCUCGCGAGUUUCGCCGCUGCAAAACGCUGAAAACACCUGAAGAAAAAGAGGAAGCAUUGAAGAGGGGCCAGUUCUUCCUCAGCAGCCGCUUAGGUGGGCUUAUGUAGGGGGGUGUCAUCAAGGCUGGGUAAAGUGGUCUGGACGUGCUCACUCAGUCUCGUGGAAAGUCACGACACUCGCAGCAUGGAAGUGCGCUGUUUUUGAUGGGACGUCUGACGCUGAUGAAGGAGGAAGCUGCAGAUAAGUUCCAAACUUUAAACAAUUGUUCACAAAAGUCAUUGCUUUCUAAUUGGAGGAAUAUUUUUCGCUUCCCUCCCUGCCACCCCGCAUCCAAGUGGCAAGCGGACGAACACAAAGCCCUUUCAGAUUGAGAGCAAAAUAGCUUAACAGGGAUCAAAAUUCCAGUAGUUCUGUUUAUUGAAUCAAGCCACAGGCUUUUCUAUAUGUAUUGUUUGAAUGAAUUAAUGAAUGUUGAAGUUGUGAAAGUUUAGAAAACCAUCACUGCUGAUAGGACUCCAUGCUUAUCUUGCAUCAAUUUCUACAAAAAGAUGGAGACACAAGGCUGUACACACCAUGGCUUGUAGUAAGGGAAAGAAUCAUUGUAAAAACGUUUUUAGUAUUAUUUUUAAAUAACCGUAAAUUACCGUGGCAACAGUUACUGACUUCAUGUGGUGGAUUUUCUGCAUCCUGACAACUCUCUUGAACAACCAGGUGCCUCCUGUCCACUGAGGCCGUCCUGAAUGACACGAGAGAAUUUGUACUUUUCAGUUUUGAUGUUGCACAUUCACACAGCUGCCUCCACUCUGCUU